AUGGGUGAUGUCGAGUACGGCAAGAUCUACGACUUCUACCUGCCCCCGGCUUUCCUGCGCCUGUAUGAUGGGCCCGCUGUGAACGUGGAGGACAUGUGGCGCAUCUUGGGAAAAGGCACCAGCAACGGUGGUCUCGUGGUUGGAACCAUCAUCAAGCCCAAGCUCGGCCUGCAGCCCAAGCCUUUCGGCGAGGCCUGCUAUGCUUUCUGGCAGGGUGGUGACUUCAUCAAGAACGAUGAGCCGCAGGGCAACCAGGUGUUCUGCCAGAUGAACGAGUGCAUCCCCGAGGUCGUGAAGGCCAUGAGGGCCUGCAUAAAGGAGACCGGUGUUGGCAAGCUGUUCUCGGCCAACAUCACUGCGGAUGAUCCGAACGAGAUGAUCGCCCGCGGCAAGUACUGCCUGUCCCAGUUCGGAGGCACCGCGGUGACCUGCGCCCGCCGCAACUUCCCCAAGCAGUUCUUGCACUACCACCGAGCCGGACACGGAUCCGUGACCAGCCCCCAGACCCAGCGCGGCUACACCGCCUUCGUGCACACGAAGAUCUCCCGAGUUAUCGGUGCGUCCGGCAUCCACACCGGCACGAUGAGCUUCGGCAAGAUGGAGGGUGAUGCCUCCGACAAGAACAUUGCCUUCAUGCUGCAGGACGAUGAGGCCGAUGGCCCCUACUACCACCAGGAGUGGGAGGGCAUGAAGCAGACCACCCCCAUCAUCUCCGGUGGCAUGAACGCGCUCCGCUUGCCGGCCUUCUUCGAGAACCUGGGCCACUCCAACGUGAUCCUGACCGCCGGUGGCGGCUCCUUCGGACACAAGGAUGGACCCAAGCCUGGUGCCAUCUCUUGCCGCCAGGGUGAAGAGGCAUGGAAG